GAGCUGAGCAAAGAGAGAGGAAGGAGGCUGCUCGGAAGGGGUUGUGACAAGCCCAGCAAUGUGGAGAAGCCUGGGGCUUGCCCUGGCUCUCUGUCUUCUCCCAUGGGGAGGAGCAGAGAGCCAGGGACAAAGCUCCUUUUGUAAGCCGCCUCCAGCCUGGAGCAUAGGGGAUCAAAAUCCAAUGGUGAACUCAAGUGGUUCAGUGACAGUGGUGGCCCUUCUUCAAGCCAGCUGAUACCUGUGCAUUCUGCAGGCAUCCAGAUUGGAAGACCUGCGAAUAAAACUGGAGAAAGAAGGAUAUUUGAACAUCUCUUAUGUUGUUGUUAAUCAUCAAGGACUUUCUUCUCAAUUAAAAUAUAUGCAUCUUAAAAAUAAGGUUUCAGAGUAUAUUGCUGUUUAUCAACAAGAAGAAAACCAAACAGAUGUCUGGACGCUCUUAAAUGGGAAAAAGGAGGACUUCCUCAUAUAUGACAGAUGUGGCCGUCUUGUAUACCAUCUUGGUUUGCCUUACUCCUUCCUAACUUUCCCGUAUGUAGAAGAAGCCAUUAAAAUUACUUACUGUAAAGAGAGGUGUGGAAGCUGCUCUCUCACGACCCUGGAAGCUGAAGACUUCUGUAAAAUGGUAUGUUUGGCUACUGUGGGAGACACAACUGAGGCUCCCCAGCCACAUCACCACCACCACCACCACCACCACCACCACCAUCGUCAUCAUCACAAGCAUGGGCAUCAGCAUCAUGGGAUUGAUGGGGUUUCAGAGAAUCAGCAACCAGAAGCCCCAGAUACUGCUGAGCAUCCCACUCCUUGAGGCCUCCAUCGCCACCAUAAGCACAAGAACCACCAAAGAGAGGGCCACCCAGACACCUGAGAUCUGCCAGCAGGAAGUGAAAGUUCACAACCUUCUGUUCCACAAAAGAGGCUCUGACGAAAGGGGUGUAUAAAUCAAUUACUCUGCAAAUUGCCUAAAGAUUCAGGGUUGGCCCCUAACAGCUGUUGCUGACACUGACGACAUCUGAUAUUUGAAAAAACAGGGUCUGCAAUCACCUGACAAUGUAAAGAAAGCCUCCCCUCUCUAUGCAGCUGACAGGGACUUUGGGCAGAGGAGAAUGUCAUUGAAUCUUGACAGUGACGUUUACCUCCAGCUGCCUGACAAGCAAGUCAGCAGCUUCAGCCCACAGAAGCCAGCACCAAUUGAAGCUGAAAACAUAAGGCCAAAAUGUGAAAAUGACCUUCAUACUAAAUACUUAAAUAAGACAUACUCCCCAAGUCAGUCUAGACAAUUUCAUUUCCAGCAUUUUAUAAGCCACCUAAUUAAUAAUGACCCAGAAAUAAGAAUUGGAUUUGUACAAACAUGGAGAAAUCUAUCAUAUUGGCUUCGAAAUUUUAAAAUUUAAGUCAAAGAAAUUUUGACCCAAACCAUAUUUUCAUUAUUUUAUUAUAAAGGUGAUUGCAGCAUUUGGUUGUUUUUUUUUUCUCUUUUUCCAGUAUUCUGCUUGCUUCAAUGAGAACAGAGACGUAAACUAUGACCUAGGGGUUUCUGUUGGAUAGUUAGCAAUUUAGAAUGGAAAAAGAACAACAAAGACAUGUUUUCCAUUUUUUUCUUAUUUCUCAAAAAAAUAUUAUCUUUGUCUUUUUAAUCUUAUGUUUUUAACUGACUAAACCUUUAAAGAACUCAGUGAAUUCUGUCUUUUAAGUUUCAGAAAUACUGACACAAGAAUAUUUUGCUAGGACUACAUUUUAAAUAUCCAUUUAUACUUUGUAUAUCUAAGAGUCAUAUCUUGAUUUUUACUAUCACAUAUGAAUGAAACCCUUAUAUCUUGUUUUCUUUAUCUAGCAUUGUAUCACACUCUUAAAUUUAAGAUAGUCUGUCUUGAAAGUUGUAAUGGAAAAGAUAAAAGAAUGUUGUCUGUCUCUUGAUUGCUUAGAAAGUAUUUCCAUAGUCAAUGAUGGUUCAGUAGGUAAACCAAGUCCUAUAAACCUGAACUCCUUUAUGGUUAAUACUAUUAAGCAAGAAUGUAGUAUACGAUUGGACAAAUGUGGAUUUGUUUAAAUAAACUCAAUUUAAAAAGUUUAAA